GGAUAAUAUGAAAAAACCAUUAUUGAAAAAGUUGGGCAAAAUGCACCGAGAUUGGAGAAAUCGAUUGCGAUCAGGUUUCAUAAAUAAGACUCGUCAAAUGGGAAAGGAUUGUGGGGAAGCUUUUGAGAAGUAUAAAGACAAACUUACCAAAGAAGAGUGGGAUAGUUUCGUGGCAAAGACUAUGACUCCUGAGUUUGUGGCUUUGAGCGAGAAGAAUAAACAAGUUGCACUUCAGAAUAUCUAUCCUCAUCAUAUGGGUCGUUCAGGAUAUGUUCUUUCCAUACCGAAAUGGAAAGAGCAAGGAUUAUUAGAUCAGUUUCUUACCGGUUCAGAAGUAGAUUCAACGAACUCUAGCACAACCACUUCUGGUGAUAUUCCAAGACAUGUCACUUGGUUUUGUGCAAGGUCUGGAUUAACAUCGGACGGUCACAUCGUGUUUCCUGGUAAUACUGAGGGCAUGCGCGAGAAAAAAGAGAAGUUG